GCGUUGCCAUGGCCACUUUGUGUGUUAGAGCACAGCAGGUGUGGGGCGAUGGAGACCCAGGGCGCUUUUUCCCGGCCCAGACCUAGGCCCAGCGAGGAUCCUGGCAGCCGCAUCCCUAGACACCCGCCUCUGCCCGAUUUCCUGAGCGCGCGGCAUGAACCGCAAGAAGUUGCAGAAGUUGACGGACACCUUAACUAAAAAUUGCAAGCAUUUUAAUAAAUUUGAAGUGAAGUGUCUUAUAAAACUUUAUUAUAACUUGGUGGGAGAUAUAAUAGAGCGACAAGGUGUGGUCAAUGGACUGGAUCGUAAUGCAUUUAGAAACUUCUUGCAUGUGACAUUUGGAAUGACAGAUGACAUGAUUAUGGACAGAGUAUUCCGAGGUUUUGAUAAAGACAAUGAUGGUUGUGUAAGUGUAUCAGAGUGGGUAUAUGGAUUAUCACUGUUUCUUCGAGGAACUUUGGAAGAAAAAAUGAAAUAUUGCUUUGAAGUGUUUGAUUUGAAUGGUGAUGGAUUCAUUUCAAAGGAGGAAAUGUUCCACAUGUUGAAGAACAGCCUUCUUAAACAGCCAUCUGAAGAAGACCCUGAUGAAGGAAUCAAAGAUUUGGUUGAAAUAACACUUAAGAAAAUGGAUCAUGACCAUGAUGGGAAGCUGUCCUUCUCAGACUAUGAACAAGCUGUGAGAGAAGAAACUCUUCUACUGGAAGCUUUUGGACCAUGUCUACCUGAUCCAAAGAGCCAAAUGGAAUUUGAAGCCCACAUAUUCAAAGAUCCAAAUGAAUUCAUUGAUAUGUGAAUAACUAAAUGUCUGUGUUGCCUCAAAUGAGUAUAAAAAAGGAGGUGUAUAUGUAUUGUAUAUAUAUUUUUUCUACUUAGAAAGAUGAUAUUGAAUUGUGUGUUUGGGUGGCGAAUGUUGUUCACUUACAUAUAUCAUUCAACUUUGGUGUAAGCACCAAGUAAAAGGGAUGUAAGAAGUUUCUUAUUAGAUGUUGUUGGGUUUGGGUUUAACAUUGCUAGAGGUAUUUUAUACCUAGACAUAUGUUGAAGCAUGUAACUAUCAGAAAAGUUUGUAUUAAUGAAAUGAAUAGUCAAAUUAUAUAGUCUUGAGUUAUAUAAGGCAAUUAUUAAGGCAAAUAUUUUUCAUGUCAGAAAAAUGCUAGAUAUAAUAAAAUUAAAGAUCAUAGAAAUACUGAAUGUUUUUGGAACAGUAAAUAAUUAAGAUGGUAUUGAAAGACAUUGGCAUUUAACAUUUAAAUACCAUUCUGCUAGGCACUGGGGGAGAUUUAAAGAGAUGAAAGAAACAUGUCGCAUAUUUUAAUAUGGUCUUUAUUAUUGUUUGAGGCUUUGUCAUUCAACCUGACUAGAUUGUAAGUAUCUGAGGGCUGGGGGUCAUCAUACCCAUGUACUGUCAUAACAGUACAGUCCUCUGCACAGAACGGCUCUCAAUAAGUACUGUGGGUUGAAAAGUACAAUAAGAUAAAUCCAAACUCUUGGCAAGCAGGGGAAGAGGAAAGUGCUGUUUUUUGAGUUUAAUGAAUGAUGCAUGGGCACCGCUUUCAGUUUAUUUCUGGAGUCAUCCUGGUUGCCCCUUCUCCUGCCAUGGCACUCAGUUGGCAAGCCUGUUCUGGCUCCCUCCGCUUCCUACGUCAGCUCUACUCUGUCCCCGUCACUGCCUUGGAUUCCCCUUGCAUACUCCCUUAUAAGGGGACCUGACUUCCCCUCUGCCCCCCACUUCCAGCAGGUGCCUGUGGGCAUUGGGUGGAAGCAUGAAAAGACGGGCUUAGUUACGCUCUUUGAGUUGUUGUCUAUCUCUUUAGUAAACAUGCCCAAGCGGCUAAUAUCUCUUCUGUCCAUAUGUAAAUAUUUAGAAGCUUUGGGGAUAUUAAAUACCUUUUACUAUAUAAGAUGAAGCAAACGGAUACAUUGUAUUAAAAAAUGGACAGUUACA